AUGGACCCUGAAAAGCCUCAGCAUAACCCUGUCAUCCAGACUUACGAUGAUAAAAAGCCCCACGCUAUCGAUGAAUUGGAGCAGAUUGGGGAGCGAGAAGGCUAUGUUCUCAAUGACGCCUCGCUGGCCCAUGAUCGUGGGCUGAAAACCACUGCGGACGGACAAACGAUUCUGAUCCCACAGCCGAGUGAUUCGCCUCAUGAUCCUCUCAAUUGGAGUUCGUUUCGCAAGCAUCUCAUCCUCAUCAUUAUCUCAUGUACGGCGUUGUUACCGGACUAUGGUAGCGCCACAGGUGCAGUGACAUUGACGCCCCAGGGAGCUGAGUGGCAUAUGGAUCCAAAUGUCGUCAACCAUUCACAGGUCGGCAAUGUUUUCAUGCUUGGUGUGGGUGGACCUAUCAUCGUGGCGCUCGCAGCUUACUUCGGUCGAUACCCUGUUCUGUUCUGGUUUAUCUUGCUAGCUCUGGGAACUGCUAUCUGGUGUGCUGCCGCGCAAAGUUUCGAGUCUUUCAUGGCUGCCCGCAUCCUCAACGGCCUCUUUUCAACUGUUGCCCAAGGUGGUGGCCUCAUGUUCAUUAAAGACAUGUUCUUCUUCCAUGAGCACGCCCGCAAGAUCAACAUCUGGUCCGGCUUCAUCAUCCUAUCCCCCUACCUCGGCCCUCUACUCGCAGCAUUCAUCACCACCACGCAAAUCUGGCAAUGGGCAUUCGGCGUCUACGCAAUCGAGACAGGACUAUGUCUGAUCGCUAUCAUUCUCUUCGUUGACGAGACCUACUAUGACCGCAAUACCAACCAGCCAGAGCUAUACCCUAAUGGCCCACGCUGGCAGCGAAUGCUCGGAAUCCAGCAGAUUCGAACGAACUAUAUCAAGAACUCGUUCAAGGAUGCGGUCAUGCGUCCGCUAGUGAUUAUUUGCAAGCCUGUUGUGAUUUUGGCUUGUAUCUAUUACAUGUUGACCUUUGCUUGGGUUGUUGGAAUUAAUACCACGCUUUCAAUUAUGCUUGGACCUAUCUAUGGAUUCGAAGCUAAACAAAUUGGCUUUUUUUACUUCACCCCCAUCGUUGCAGCCAUUCUAGGCGAAAUCACCGGCCACUGGUUGCACGACCUGAUUGCCAAGGUCUCGGCCCAGCACAAUGGCGGCCGUCUUGAAGCCGAAGCACGUCUCUGGGCAUGUUGGGUGUCCAUGCCAUUCAUGGUCUCUGGUCUGAUUCUGAUGGGCUUUGCCCUCGAGCGCGAGUACCAUUACAUGCUUUCGGCCCUAGGCUGGGGCUUGUAUGUGUUUGGAACGAUGAUUGUCACUGUUGCAGUGAACUCGUAUGUUUUGGAUGGCUACCCUGAGGCAAGUGGAGAAGUUGCAGCGUGGGUCAAUUUCGGACGUAUUCUUGGUGGCUUUAUUGUGUCUUACUUCAUGGUUGAGUGGGCAGAGAACCAGGGGACCAUUCGGCAAUUUGGAACUAUGUGCGGGAUUGUCGGAGCGGCCUUCUUCAUUGUUUUGGGGUUGCAGCUUUGGGGGAAGAGAUUGAGGAUUUGGGCGGGGCCUGCUGUUUUCAAGACGGCUUGA